AUGCCUAGCAACACCAGCCACAUCCAGAAGCGCGCCCAGCUCCAACAGCACGACGACCUUGUCGUCAACCCUUCUGAGCACAAUGAAUGGCAAGAUGCCCAGAUGGAUCUUGGUCUGUCCCCAAACAUCCGCACAAGAGCCCCACCAGUAAGAGAAUGCGCUGUCAGUCAUCCCAUUGCCCAGUCCAGACUCGUCAGUGCAGUUGUGGUCAUUAUGUGA